AUGGCACCGAAACGCACUCGCGACGGCGAUUUUUUUGCCAAAGAUUCUGGGGCUGAACCCGUCAAGAAGCGCAAGGGAUUCAGCGUCGGCCCGGCAAAUCUCCCCGAUGGCACCUAUCGGCGCAAGACCCAAAAAAUCAAAUCCGAUCUGAUCCAAAAAGCCAAAGUGAAGAAAGCCUACGCCAAGAUCAAGGCACAAGAACGUGCCGCCGGAACACCCAAGUCCGUAUACGAUAGAGCCGACGAGGAAGAUGGAAAGACAAAAGACGAUGAAGCCGAGCCUGCAUCUCUAGAGCUUCACCCCGAUCGCGUCACGAUGUUGAACGAGCCAGAGCCAGAGCCUGCUCCAGAGCCUGCGCCUAGGCCUCAACGCCGCCCGCGAGAGGAUGGCAAGAGACAGAAUCGCAACCCGAAGCGAUCGGCUUUCACCAAGGAGAUGGAGAUUGCAGAGAAGCGCAAAGAGGCCGCUGAGGCCCGCCAACGGCAGCGCGAAGCGAAACAGAAGGAUCGGGAGGCGAUGUUGCGGGCGAAGCGGCCGGAUCAGUUUGGCAAGAGGAGACUCGGCAGAGAGAGCAACGUUCUGCUCAGUCGGGUGCAGCGUAUGGUCGGUCAGUAG